UUUUUAUUUUUUUUAAAAAAACAGUGCGUGGGGUUGUUUCAUAUGUUUGGUUCGGUUUGGUUUGAAAAUAGAAGCUGUGAGGGAAUGGAACAAGGAUGGGUUUCAUUGGUAAGCAAGUGCAGCACCCUGAAACUCACGAAGCAAAUCCACGCCCAUAUCUGCAAAAGCGGUCUUCAAACUGACCCUUUCGUCUUUGGGAAGCUUCUUCUCCACUGUGCCAUCUCUGUCUCCGAUGCUCUGCACUAUGCUCUCCGUCUCUUCCACCACUUCCCCAACCCCGACACCUUCAUGUACAACACCCUCAUUCGCGCACUCUCUCUCUCCCAAACCCCUCUCCAUUCCCUUCACCCUUUCAUCCAAAUGCUUCGCAAUCCUACCCUCUUCCCUGACAGCUUCUCCUUCGCCUUCGCCCUCAAAGGCGUCGCCAACUCUCGUCACUUGAGACCCGGGAUUCAGUUGCAUUCUCAAGCUCUCUGUCAUGGCUUUGAUACCCAUAUUUUUGUUGGGACAACUUUGAUCAGCAUGUAUGCUGAAUGUGGGGACUAUGCGUCUGCACAACAGGUGUUUGAGGAAAUGUAUGAUCCAAAUGUUGUUGCGUGGAAUGCUGUUGUUACCGCCGCUUUUAGGUGUGGUGACGUGGGAGGUUCGUGGGACGUGUUUAGACGGAUGCCGGUUCGGAAUUUGACCUCUUGGAAUGUGAUGCUUGCUGGUUAUGCUAAAGCAAGUGAGCUUGGGUUGGCAAGAAGAGUUUUUUCUGAUAUGCCUCUGAGAGAUGGUGUUUCUUGGAGCACUAUUACUGUUGGGUUUGCUCAUAAUGGCUUUUUUGACGAGGCUUUUGGGUUUUUCAGGGAAUUACUGAGAGAGGGAAUCCGGCCGAAUGAGGUGAGCCUAACUGGAGUGUUGUCUGCUUGUGCACAAGCUGGGGCGUUUGAGUUUGGGAAGAUUUUGCACGGGUUUGUGGAGAAAGCUGGGUUUCUUUGUAUUGGAUCUGUGAAUAAUGCUCUAAUCGACACCUACUCCAAGUGUGGAAAUUUAGCUAUGGCUAGGUUGGUCUUUCAAAAUAUGCCAGUGGCAAGGAGUAUUGUGUCUUGGACAUCUAUGAUAGCAGGUCUUGCGAUGCAUGGUCAUGGAGAGGAGGCAAUACAACUUUUUCGUGAGAUGGAAGAAUCUGGAGUUAGACCAGAUGGUAUUACUUUUAUAUCUCUCCUCUAUGCUUGUAGCCAUAGUGGCUUGGUUAAGGAAGGGUGUGAUUUUUUUUCUAAGAUGAAGAAUUUGUAUGGUAUUGAACCUGCCAUUGAGCAUUAUGGUUGCAUGGUUGAUCUGUAUGGUCGGGCUGCUAAGUUACAGAAGGCCUAUGAAUUUAUUUGUGAAAUGCCAAUCUCACCUAAUGCAAUCAUUUGGAGGACUCUCCUUGGGGCUUGUAGCAUUCAUGGCAAUAUCGAAUUGGCAGAGCUUGUGAGAGCAAGGGUUGCUGAAAUGGAUCCAAACAACUCUGGUGACCAUGUACUACUCUCAAAUGUUUAUGCCAUUGCAGGGAAAUGGAAGGAUGUUGCCAGCAUAAGAAGAACAAUGACUGAACAGAGUAUGAAAAAAACUCCUGGUUGGAGCAUGAUUGAAAUUGAUAAGGUCAUUUAUGGUUUUGUGGCUGGUGAAAAGCCUAACAAGGUUACAGAAGAGGCUCAUGAAAAACUGAGGGAAAUAAUGUUGAGACUCAGAGCAGAAGCAGGUUAUGCCCCACAGCUAAGGAAUGUUUUGCAUGAUAUUGAAGAGGAAGAUAAAGAAGAUUCAGUUUCUAAGCACAGUGAGAAGCUUGCGGCGGCUUUUGGAAUAGCCAAACUUCCUAAGGGAAAAACUUUAAGAAUUGUGAAGAACCUGAGGGUUUGUGGGGACUGCCAUACUGUGAUGAAGCUGAUUUCUAAAGUUUAUCAAGUAGAAAUCAUUGUGAGAGAUAGAAGCCGCUUCCACUCAUUCAAAGAUGGAUUCUGUUCUUGUAAAGAUUACUGGUGACAGAGGUGAUUGAUCAAGUAGUUUAUGUCUUGACUACCCUUGUUUAUAAGGAAAAUACACAAGUUAAUAGUAUCCCCAUUUUCACCAAAUUGGCUUUAUCUAGAUAGCUCAGUGAUGGCAUCAUCACAGAAGUUUGACAUAUAUGAUGGGUGAUGCAUGACAACCUAAUAAAAUGGAUACUAGAGAAGCAUUUAGUUCUUCUGUCAAGUGGUCUUACCACUAUGCAGAAGUUUGGUGAAAUGGUAAUGGCCAUUAAAUGAGAAGAAAUGUGGCCAAUAACUACUACUGUCUUUCUACCAUAAUUUCUGUAAAGUAAAAGACAACUAACAAAAACUAAGACAUAUAAACCAAAGAGAAGCACCACUUCAUUGAAGUAUUCAAAAUGAAAGUCUCAACUCACAACAAAAGUAAUUGUCAAAACAUGUCUUUACCUAAGGAAACUCUUCCGGCACCUACAGACAAGCAUUCAUCUAAGUCUUCAAAAUGCUUACAGUCACAACAAGACAAAUUUCCAAAACAUAUCUUAACUGUCACCACAAUCAACUCAGCACAUACUACUAGAGAAGUAGAGGUGAAUCAUCAUCUAAAGUAAAGAUGCAGCAAGGAGAGAGAAAUGUCCUAUAAUGGGAGAGGAAGACCAGCUGCAGGUGCAUCAGUUGGAAUUGCAAUAUGACAGCUGCAACAGUUGUGUGGGCUUCAUCCACUCAAGUAGCCUCCUUGGUCGCAUUUGCAUAUUGCAAAAGAUGGGAAAUGAAAUUCUAUUUGUAACCUACAUGUCAUUUCUUUUGUAAUCUUGCUGCUUAGUAGGAAUAUGUUAUGUAUAAAAUUUACGAAUGGUGUGAUUUUUUUUAUAUAUAAAAAUAAUAAGUAUAUGUUUUCGAAAAAGUCACAAUGUGAGAAAUCCUUCUUGUCCUCUUUUCUACUUAAACUUGCGUUUUCUGCACUCUACAUUCUCUUUUCUCAUUAUCUUAAUAACACCCUCAUGCUACUCUGUAUAACGUUACUUACAUCGUAUCCAAAUGUAGCAAGA